AUGAUGCGGUUGCUCGCGACACUGCUCCUUGCUGCAUGGGCAGAUGCAGUGGAGGUCUUCGUGAUGCUCGGUCUCGAUGCUGUGACGCAAUCUGGAGAUUUGAAGGAUCCAGAGUCAUUGAGGGCCCAAUUACAGCAACUGAAGAGUGGCAGCGCAGACGGAAUCAUGGCAGAUGUGUGGUGGGGUGCCACCGAACCAAGUGCAAAGUCUUACAAAUUUGACGGAUACAAGCAGCUCGUCGACAUGUGCAAGAGCAUUGGCCUGAAGGUGCAGCUGGUAACCUCCUUUCACCAAUGCGGCGGCAAUGUGGGCGACACCUGCGAUAUUCCUCUGCCUGCUUUUGUGACUUCUCAGCGGGACAUUUGGUACAAGGACCAGCAUGGCCAUGAAGACAGAGAAUACAUAUCACUUUUUGCUGACAAUGUCACGAUUGAAGGUCGCACCCCCUUGCAAAUGUACAGCGAUUGGUUCAACGCGCUUUCGUCGAACUUUGCGGCAGAGCUAGGCAGUGUAAUUGAGGAGAUCCAGGUGGGCAUGGGGCCUGCUGGCGAGCUUAGAUAUCCUGCCUAUCAGCUUUCUCAGUGGAAGUUCUGUGGCGUCGGUGCCUUUCAAUGCUACGAUGCCAAUGCUCUCAACAGCUUGGCCAGUGCUGCAAAGAGUGCAGGACACGCUGAUUGGAGCAAUCCCCCGUCGGAUGCUGGGGACUACAACAGCCACCCAGGUGAUGCAGCAUUUUUCCAGAACGGAUACCAGUCAGACUUCGGCAGAUUCUUUCUGAAGUGGUAUGCCGAUGCACUCCUUCAGCAUGGCGCUGAGGUGCUCCAGCGCGCCAAGCAAGCAUUCGGAAGGUCGGGUGUCCGUCUGGCAGGCAAGGUUGCUGGAAUCCACUGGUGGUACAAGAGCGAUCACCAUGCUGCAGAGCUCACUUCAGGCUACUACAACGCCAACGGCAUCGAUGCAUAUGACUCCAUCUCUGCGAUAUUCGAGGCUGCAGGUGCAGGCGUGGACUUCACCUGCAUGGAGAUGGCCGACUCGGAGCAGUCCGCUGACUGCGCCUCUGGCCCGGAGGAGCUCGUGAAGCAGGUGAUGGCGGCAACUGCCAGUCACGGCAUCGCCCUGGGUGGAGAGAAUGCCUUACCCAGAUUUGAUGAUACUGCUUAUUCCAAGAUCGAGUCCUACAAGUCAGGCAUGCAGGUGUUUACUUACCUUCGCUUGGGCAAUGACCUGCUGAAUGGAGACAACUGGAAUCGGUUUCAGAGCUUCGUGAGCAAGAUGCACUCUGCCGUGAGUCUGAUUGUAUAG